UUCUCGAAGGAUACACGAUGAACUGUAAGAUACAAGAAUCCGCUUAAAACGUCAGUGGUAUCUGUCUACCGAGUCACGUGUUAUCCAAAUGAGCGAAGCGAAAAGCCUUCCCUGAAGGAAGUGCAACGAUCUACGAGGAAGGAUAAGAGGGAUCGAGCAAAAUCGGUCGAUCACGAUUUCACGCGAUACGCAGCUCCGAUCUCGCCUUCUCGGGAAGGAGACCAGACGGACAAAGAGAAGCAGCGCAGAUAAGAAGCGACGACGGAGUUCGGCGAACUGCGACGUACGAAAAGGCAACCGACGCAGAAGGCAAGAACGCUAGACGGAAUCACGCGUGUGUGCACGCGCGAGAUACGCGGUGUCGCGAGUUAAUCAACAGCGAUAUUGAUUAUAAACGUGACAGUCGUCGAUCGAGACGUGACGCCCGAAAUUCUGCGAGGGAGAGGGAAAGAGGCUCUCGAGAACCAGCAGUUGAAACUUAUUGUCAGAGACCGAGUGGGGAGAACCGCGGGGAAACGGAAGCUCACACGCUCGCCGCGAUGAUAAGGCGAUAACAAAAGCGACGGCGAUAUCACGGCCGAUGACGAACUGAUCGAUUGAGGCUAUUUCUCGUCGCGGCUGAUACGAGAUGAGACGUGUUUUCCGCGUGUCGUACGCGAUAAAUCGGCAGGACUGAUUGUGUACGAUCGUACGGCAUCCUUCGACACUCUCGACGGCCUUGGUGGAAAUCUAUUGUUCGCGCGACGUACGCGACGAAGGGGAUGAAGAUGAACGACGUCCAGCCGGAGAGCAGCGGCGCGUCGAUUUCGCCGGCGGGCGGAAACAAUAACAACAAUAAUAAUAAUAGCAUCAAUGGAAAUGGCAAAACGUCGGCAACGGCCGCCGCAGCAGCAGCCGCCGCUGCCGCGGCGACGGUGGCCGCCAAUGGCGGCGAAGGAAUUAGUGCCGCCGUUGCUAAGGUUCUUCAAGGAUACGACUGGACCCUGGUACCUGUUGCCACCAAGGGCUCCGGCGACAAAAGGGCGGCCCACGUCAAGAGGCCCAUGAACGCGUUUAUGGUAUGGGCCCAGGCUGCGAGGCGAAAACUGGCCGAUCAGUAUCCCCAGCUUCACAACGCCGAGCUGUCGAAAACACUGGGAAAAUUAUGGCGGCUCCUGUCCGACAAUGACAAGAAACCUUUCAUCGAGGAGGCCGACCGCCUGCGCGUUAUUCACAAACGCGAGCACCCCGAUUACAAGUAUCAACCACGACGUCGGAAGCAAAAUGGGCCGUCAUCCGGCCGGGAGAGUUCGCCCACGAGGAGUCAAAGCAACGUGACGUUUAGCGUUACCAGGUCGUUGAAGCAGGAGGACAUGAGUCCUAGAGGUGUUCAAGGACCCAAUUCACCGCAAAGUGGCGUAAGCUCUUCGCCACCCACGACACCCAGUCAGGGUCUUUCACCACCGACACCCCCUACGACGCCCAGGGGACAGCACUAUAUUAAUCAGAGCAAUCAGCUUCCGCAGAACAACACGGUGUAUUACCAGGAUUUGGUCAGCGGCACGCCAUCGAGUGAGUCCCCGCAUCAACAACCAGCGGUUGAUCUUCGGUAUAUCGAGAUCGGAGAUGGCCUCCCCGGCGAGGAGAAUCAGUUAAAUGGUCUCGGAACUUUGGGCGGGCUAGGUCUGAAUCUUCCGGUGAACUUCCAGGAGUGCGAGGUCGAAAGCAAUGAGCUCGACCAAUACUUACCACCCCAGACUGCACCGAUACACCAGUACCCGCCCGUGCAAGUCACCACCGCCUCGCAAUGGUUACUCAACAGAUACGAGGAGGAGAUCGAGAGACCGAUCAAGCGUCACUGUUCAGAGCAGGCGAUCGCGGAGGUAUCGUCAUGGGAGGACAGGACUCAGGAGAUGGUCAGGUACCACGAGCUGCAGCCUCCCCUUCCGCCAGUCCAGUACAUAUCCGCCCAUAACGCGCACCAUUCGCACGCGAGUACGCAGAUGGGCCAUCCGCACGUGUCCACGCCCUACGCGCAAUACGCACAUCGCUAUGUGUCUGGCAUUGAGACGUGGCCGAAUUAUAUGUAGACCAAAGCGAGGUAAACAUGCCCGAUUUAUUUUUCGUUUCGCGGUGCCGAGAGGCGCGCCGCGGAAUAGUAGAAUCGUACCGAUUUUUACGUACCUAGGUACAAGGGAUCGGAGAAAGAAUUCGCGUAGACCGUCCCGGAUCAGCCGCGAAAUAUUCGAUGGACAAAUUGGCGAAAUCUCACGUGAUUCUUUCUGGUCAACGUCAUCGUUAUUGUUCUAAAUUUUCGUUAUUUAAUCUUCCGUCUACAAUCUGGGUCUUUUUUAGC